UUGCAAAACUGUUGGUCACACAAAAAUAUAGACCAGAUAUCGAUAAGCCCCGAUAGAUUCGGUCAAAUAAAAUCGAGCAAUUAUUUUCCAUAGACUUCCGCUAGAUAGAAAUAUUACCAAAAAUGUCCGAAUUGCAGGAAUUCAACCAGGCUGCCGAAGAUGUGAAGAACCUUAACACCACACCCGGGGACAAUGACCUUUUGGAGCUCUACAGCUUGUACAAACAGGCCACAGUGGGCGAUUGCAAUACAGAUAAGCCCGGCUUCUUGGACUUCAAGGGCAAGGCCAAGUGGGAGGCGUGGAACAACCGCAAGGGAUUGAGCAAUGCCGACGCCCAGGCCGCCUACAUCACCAAGGUCAAGGCACUGAUCGCCGCCGUUGGUCUGAAGUCCUAGACUCAAUCAAAAAAGGAUAUUGCAUUUUAUAGUCUCAGUUGUCGUCAAACGCACAAACUUUGGUUUAAAGAAACUUCGCACAAAACUUCGAUUUUUCGCACAAUUACACCACAAAUUCGUAACGUAA